AUGGCCUACACCACAAAGUACCACGAGGACUCAGACGCCGACGACGAGUUUGAGCGCCAGGGCCUCCACAGCCCGACCCAGCCCGUCGAGUACGAGAGCUCGCCCACCAGCUCAGGCCCGCUGAGCACCGAACACACGCCCACCACCUUUACCCAUUCGCGCGACAGCAGAAGCCUCCCGACCGAACACAUCAUGGAGUGGUCGCCAGACCAGACGGCCGACUUCAUUGCCGACUUGGGCUUGGACCAGUACGCCGAUACGUUUGUGGGUAAGAGAAGAUGCCCUUGUCUCCCUUGCCCACCUAAUUACUGCCUCCCCAACACAAAACUACCCGGCUGGGCUAACCAUUCCCCCGUGAAAACAGAGGAGGGCAUUUCGGGCGAUGUAUUGGCCGCCCUACAGCACGCUGAGCUCAAGGAAAUGGGCGUCGGCAGUGUGGGCCAUCGGCUCACCAUCCUCAAGGCUGUCUACGAGAUCAAGGUGCGGCAGAAUGUGCCCAUGGAACCCGACGAUUAUAUACCACUGUCUGCCGACACUUCGGCACAGGAAGCCCCACCGACACAGGACGACUUCGCCAAAGUCAUACGGGUUGUCCAAGCGCGAGACGAACGGAUACACACAGCCGAGUCGGAACUGCGACACCUGCGCGAAGAUCUCAGCCGAGUCAUGGACGAGAACAAACGGUUGCGCGAAGAGAUUCUCCCACUGGUACGGAUGCUAAAAGAUAGUCAGCCACUGCCCACGCCACACGAACACUCCGUCACCUCCCCACCAGCGACUCAGGAGCGACCUGGCGGAAGCAGCCUGUCGCGUAAGUUCUCCACCAAGAAGCUUUUCCUCGGUUCGGCUCCGAAGAACCCUUCUCCGACCAUCCAAGAGCAUCGCGCUCUUGUCGAUCACGCCUCAUUGGAUCCCUCCGCCGCAGCCAUGGCAGCCUCCUCACAUCUCACAGCGUCUCUUGGCAACAGCCAACAAAUGUCGCCCAAUUCCGUUGCCCAACCCUCGCCCACUUCGCCCGCAUAUACCCAGGCCCAGAACCGGCAGUACAACCGUGACGUCUCUCGAGCCGGACACGAUCACGACAACAACUCGGGCUGGGGUCAAAACAACGCCUGGCCGUCGGACAAUGCAUCCAUGUCGGAUCGCAACCGCGAUCCUCGUGCUACACCCGCACCAUUAUCCUCUAGGCCGCUACGAAACAACGCUGCGCCCACAACCAAUCCCGAAGAUCGGGACCCUCCUAAUUCAGCCGGCUCCAAUACGCAAAACACCUCGUCCAGCUCGACAGCGCCGCCAUCGACGAACCCACAAGUCGAGAUAUUCAAAUCCUUCCGCGUAUCCAUAGACGACCCCUGCCACAAAGUAUUACCUGUUGCGCUCAAAAAGUACAAUAUUACAGCAGACUGGCGGCAGUACGCCUUGUAUAUUGUUCACGGUGACCAAGAGCGCUGCCUAGGUCUGAAUGAGCGGCCUCUGAUUUUGUUCAAGCAGUUGGACAAAGAGGGUCGCAAGCCCAUGUUCAUGCUUAGAAAGCAUGCUGCACCGCAAGAAGGACACGUUAGCACAGUGGGCGGGAAUGAUGUUCGGCCUGUCAAUCCACAGGCAGAGAGCUUUGGGUGGGGGAACCAGAAUAGAGGGACGCCAUUACCGGGAGAAGGUUUCAAAAAGGCUCGACGCGAGAAGUCGAUUGACCCACGGCCAAGUUGGCCAACGCUUUCCCUUGGAUUCAAAAUCGCGUUCCUCUCCAAAGAGCCAGACACCGUUCACGAAGCCGCCUGGAUUCAUACACCUACACGGUUUGGUGGCUAG